AAACCAAGGAGCAGAAGGCUGCUCAGCUCAGCUUACCUUUUCCUUUUCUCCCAGGUUAUCUGUUAUAUCGAAACGAACAGCGCCAGACUUUGUUUAAUUUAACCAGACAACAGAUUGUAUCGUGUAUCUACAGCCUCAUGGCGUCUGGAGGCCCCAUGAUGAACGGCGACAUCUCUCGCUCCCCCGCUCAGUCCGGCGCUCUGGAGGAAACCGUGAGGCAGAUGAACAUCCUCAUCCAGGAGAACAGAGACCUGAAAGAGGCCUUGCGUCAGACCAACCUGACCAUGAAGGAGCGUUUCGAGGGUCUGACGGCGUGGCGGGAGAAGCAGCGGGAGGAGCGGGGCUUCCUGGAGAGCCGGCUCGAGGAAGCUCGGAGCCGCAUCGAGGUGCUGACGGUGGAAAACCUGGAGCUGAGGAAACAGCUGGAGAGGGCCGGCGGAGAGGGCGGAGCYCCGGCGGGGAGUCAGAACGCAGAGGUGCUGCGCGCUCAGGUKGCCCGCCUGCAGGCUGAGAAGAACGACCUGGUGGCUCUGAACUCGGAGCUGCAGCUGAGGGCCGAGCAGGACUCUCAGGACGACUCCUUCAUCGAGGUCAUCAAAGUGUCGGACGGAGGCGUGGAGGGCGUGAACGAGGCSUGCGGCGCCGAGCGCAGCCGUCGCCUCGACCUCAGCAUGACGGCGUCCCGGAUGGACAGCGAGGGCGUGACGGUGAGCCAGCUGCUGCAGUCGCUGAGGAACGAGACGCAGCGCUGUGAGCGCCUGGAGGCGGAGCUACAGGCCUCUGCUGCCAGAAUCAAAAAGCUGGAGGAGAGCAAGUUUGGAGAGGAGUCGUCGACCCAAACGGAGACGGAGGAGAAUUCCGAGAAGGCGGCGUCUGAGGUGGAGACCCUGAAGGCUCAGGUGAUGACGCUGUUCAAGGAGCUGCAGCAGGCCCAGAGCAAGCUGGACGACGCCGAAGGCAUGAAGAAGAACCUGCAGGACAGAUGUCGGGAGGUGGAGCAGGACGUAUCGACCCUGAAGGCUCAGCUGGUGGACCGGCAGGCCGUGCAGACGGAGAACGAGCGGCUGAAGCUGCAGCUGGGUAGCGUCCAGGCUCAGACUCAGAUCGAGCAGAGGAAGGCGGACGAGGAGAGGACCAACCUGGCACAGCUGAAGGACGCCUACACCAAGCUGUUUGAAGACUACAACGAGCUGAAAGAGGAGAAGAAGAAGAGAGAAUCCCAGCUGGUGGACAAGGAGCUUGUGGAGGAUCUGCAGCAGCGUCUGACCGCGGCUGAAGAGGCGCUGGCCRUCAAACAGUGCAAGAUCGACGAGAUGAAGCAGGACAUGUUCCAGAAGGAGAAGGAGCUGGAGACCAUCUCGGUCUUCCAGGCUCAGGCAGAGGUCUACUCCUCGGACUUCUACGCCGAGCGAGCGGCGAGAGAGAAAAUCCACGAGGAGAAGGAGCGCCUGGCUGCUCAGCUGGAGUUCAUAAAGAAGCAGAACAGUCAGCUGCAGGAGGAGAUGGACUCUCUGGGCCGGCGCUCACUGAAUGAAAUGCAGCGAAGACAUGGGACGACUGGAGGGAGUCCACACGGACCCGGAGCAUCUCUGGUUGGACGAGGUGCCGACUGGCAGCAUCAGGGGAACAUUCCUGAACACGCCUGCCCCAAGUGCAAUGAGAUCCUGCCAGACCUGGACUCCCUGCAGAUCCACAUCAUGGACUGCAUCAACUAACUGCAGCUUCAGYGGCUGCUUUAGCACCUUUUUAUCUGAGUCUUCCUCCUCUUUCUCUGUCUGAACCCCCGAGAUGCCACCCUUCUUGCUUUUGGAACAGUUUACCUUUCAGAGCUGUGGAAACAUCAGGAGUUUGGCUAUGCAUGUUAAUAACAGAGUGWUGGCUCGAAUUAUCUGUACACAAAUUUAAUUCAGUUGAAAGUAAAUAAAUAUAAACAGAUGUUAUUUUCUGGGCAAACAGAAAUGUUUGCUCUCUGCUCAUUCUGCACAAUAAUUAACCAACCAAAGCUGAACUUGUACAAAUUAAAAGCAUUAUUUUAAGUAUUUACUUGUGAAGGUUUUUCAGAUGUCUUCCUUUUCUGUAUAAAAUUUAAUUCUUUUCGUAUAUUUUCUCAGUAAGGAACRAGGAGCCUGAAUCUUGUAGGGACUUUAAUAUGAAGGUCUAUAUAUAUUUUUUUGAUUUUGCAGCUAAUACUUGUUAUUAGAACCUAAUAUAUUUACCUAUAGUAGUAGUUAUGCAGGGAGCUCUCUGCCAAGUCUGUACACUGUGGAGUACAAAAGUUUGUAACUCUCUUAAGAAAAUAAAAUCUUUACUCCUGUGAUGUAAUAAARUCUUGAAGCAUUAAAAUAAAUUUAAUGUGACCAGUGAAGUGGCUUUUUUAUUCGUCUGACUGUAGCUUUUGAAACAUUAAAAAAGUUCUUUCACGGUCA